AUGAAUGUUUUCUUGGUGCUGCAUGGCUUCCUGUUGCUCCUGAUUUUUGGUGUGUUUGAUCAGGCAGUUGGGGCAAAGAGACAACAACCAUUGUUUUUACCUGAGAACCACAACUCUCGCUUCCGAGGCCUCUGGAAGCUACACAUGAGGGACUCCCUGCUGAAAGGCUCUAGUCCUCAUCCAGUCGAAGAAGAGGUCAAACAGCAGCUGCUUUACUGCCGUGUUGGCAUUGGCUACCAUCUCCAGAUUCUGCCCCAUGGGUCUGUUGGAGGCGUCCACAAACCCACAGUGUAUUCUUGGCUCAAGGUGUUUGCUAUGAAGCAUGGAGUGGUGGGAAUCAAAGGAGUCAAGAGCGGCUUGUACCUCUGUAUGAGUCGAGAGGGCCUGGCAUAUGGCACGGAGCAAUUUUCUGCUGACUGCCUGUUGAAGGAGAACCUGGAAGAAAAUCACUACACCACCUAUUCCUCUCUGUCUCAUCCGGGCAUCUACCUGGCUCUUUCCCACAAAGGAGACCUCAGAAAGGGUAGCAGUGUGGGCCGCCACCAGUCCUGCACACACUUCCUUCCUAGAAGACCACCAUGA